AUGAUUGGCAACAUCAAGGCGGCGUUCAAGCGGUUUCUUUUCGCAUUCAACUGGAUGGGAGAAGAAGUUGAUAAUUUGAUGGACCAAAAGCUUGCCGACAUGUCCGCGCUCGUCGGAUACCCGGACAGCACUCCCGAUGCAGCCGGGCUGAACGACUACUACGACGCGCUGGACGACUCGAGACCUUCACGAUUUUUUCACGACUGGCGCAAGGCCCUCGAACUCUACGCAAGGCGCCUCGUUCGCGAUCAGGAGCACCUGCUCUUCCUUUCAGUGAAGACAAACGUCUCCUACUUUCCCGCCGCCAACGCCAUUAUCGUACCUGCGGCGGGCUUGCGCCCUGGUCUUUUUUUCCAAGAUGGUCCGGCCUCCGUAAACUAUGGAGGACUCGGCACGGUUGUCGCUCGGGAAAUGACGAAAAUUAUGGACUUGGAAGCUAUGGCACUUGACCAGCCGACGGCUGUUCCGUGGAACGGCAGCGACACUGCCAAGCACUAUGCCUCCAGUGCUCGCUGCCUGCUGAAGUCCCAAAAAGAGGCGCAGCGUCUCUUCCACGCCGAAUCGCCGAGCGACCCGGUUCAUUCCGAGAUCCUGGCAGAUUUUGUGGGGCUGCUGGUGGCGUACGCUGCUUUCACGGUGCUGCCCAAGGAGGAGCGCGCUGUGAGGCUGCACAGAAGCCCCCUCAGCUCCGACCAGACCUUUUACGCUUUCCACUGCGCCAAGUUGUGCGAGAUGAACGGCAACGCGAGCAGUCCGUCACGACAGGCCGCUGCCCGACUCCGAUGUGUGUUACCACUGAUGAAUUCGGAGGCGUUCGCUGAAACGUUCAAUUGCCCAUCCUCAUCGCCCAUGAACCCUCUAAAGAAGUGCUCUAUUUGGUGA